UAACUAAAGCCAUCUAACAGUGAACAGCAGAAUUAGGACAAUAGAAAAUUGCAGAUUUUUUUGCAAAAUUAGUAGCUUUCACGCUUUUCCGUGAAGAGCAGAAUAUUCUACGACAUUAACAGAAUCGCUAUCAUAAUGCGCUCAAAAAAUUAAAAACGAAAGUGAAGUAUAAUGCAUUUUGUGGAUUACAAAAUAUGUAGCCAUCUAGCGGUAAAAGGUGGUAGGGAUCUGUAUCUCGUGGCUACUUUGCUAAAGGAGCCAAAUGUGCACUGAGUGUACCAAAACAUUUAUUUAAAGUAUUUUUAUAUAAUAAAGAUAUAUAAAUUAUAAUAUAGUUACGUGAAUUAGUGUAAAAUAACAAAAUGCCAAAGAAAAAGACAGGACAAAGAAGAAAAGCUGAAAAACAAAAGUUAAGGCAAAAAGAAAUUAGAGCAGCAAAGGAUCAAAUAAAUUUAGCUAAAUUUCCUUGCAAUGCAGUGAUGGAAUGUGAUAAAUGUAACAAGAAACAAAAAAGUAGAGCUUUCUGCUAUUUUUGCCAAAGUGUACAACGUUUACCUAUGUGUGCUCAUUGUGGAAAAGUAAAAUGUAUGUUAAAAACUGGAGAUUGUGUGGUUCGUCAUCCUGGAGUAUUUACUACUGGUUUAGGUAUGGUGGGAGCUAUAUGUGAUCAUUGCGAAGCAUGGGUCUGCCAUGGAAGACGUUGUCUUACAACUCAUGCCUGUAUGUGUCCAUUAAUGGAUGCAAUUUGUCAGGAAUGUGAGAGAGGUGUUUGGGAUCAUGGUGGUAGGAUAUUUCGAUGUUCAUUUUGUGAUUGUUUUCUUUGUGAAGAUGAUCAAUUUGAACAUCAAGCAUCGUGUCAAGUUCUAGAAGCAGAAAGUUUUAAAUGUCAAUCCUGCAAUCGUUUGGGACAAUAUUCUUGUUUGAGAUGUAAGACAUGUUAUUGUGAAGAUCAUGUUCGAAGAAAAGGAUUUAAAUAUGAUAAGAACAAACCCAUACCUUGUCCUAAAUGUGGCUUUGAAACAUCUCAAACGAAAGAUCUUAGCAUGUCAACAAGAAGUCAUAAAUUUGGAAGACAAAAUCAAAGUGGACUAUAUGAAUCUGAUGAUGAAACUGGAUAUAGCUGCUAUGGAAGCCAAUCUCACAACUAUGAUCAAGAUAAUGAAGCUGAGGAUGAUGAGGAAGACGAUUAUGACGGUGAUGAGGACGAUGAUGAUGACGAUGACGAGGAGGAACAAGAAAACGAGUCAUUAAGCGAAAACGAAGAGAACGAGAACAACACAUCACUUAAAUGUAAUCAUUAAUAAAAACAAUAUACAAUUGAA